AUGUGGUCUGGAACUACAGCAGUCAUGACUACUCCUUCAACAAAGUGUGAUUUUGAGAGGGGUUACGUGCCUUCCAAUGCCAGUUAUGAGCUUGUUCAUAAAUAUCCUGAAGGAAGUCCAACACUUAACCUAAUCAAACUGUCUGAUGCUCAUGAAUAUGUUGCCAGCACACCAGGAUCACCAAGCACACCAGAAUCACCAAGCACACCAGGAUCACCAAGCACACCUGGUUCACCUAGCACACCUGGAUCACCAAGCACACCAGGAUCACCAAGCACACCAGCAUCUCCAAGCACACCUGGAUCACCAAGCACACCAGGAUCACCAAGCACUCAUGGAUCACCAAGCACUCCUGGAUCACCAAGCACACCUCGAUCACCAAGCACACCAGAAUCACCAAGCACACCAGGAUCACCAAGCACACCUGAAUCUCCAAGCACACCUAGAUCUCCAAGCACACCAGGAUCACCAAGCACACCAGGAUCACCAAGCACUCCUGGAUCAACAAGCACACCUGGAUCACCAAGCACACCAGAAUCACCAAGCACUCCUGGAUCACCAAGCACACCAGCAUCUCCAAGCACACCUGGAUCACCCAGCACACCAGGAUCACCAAGCACACCAGAAUCACCAAGCACACCAGGAUCACCAAGCACACCACAAUCACCGAGCACACCACAAUCACCAAGCACACCAGGAUCACUAAGCACACCUGAAUCUCCAAGCACACCUAGAUCUCCAAGCACACCAGGAUCACCAAGCACACCAGGAUCACCAAGCACUCCUGGAUCAACAAGCACACCUGGAUCACCAAGCACACCAGAAUCACCAAGCACUCCUGGAUCACCAAGCACACCAGCAUCUCCAAGCACACCUGGAUCACCCAGCACACCAGGAUCACCUAGUACUCCUGGAUCACCAAGCACACCAGGAUCACCAAGCACUCCUGGAUCACCAAGCACACCCGGAUCACCAAGCACACCAGAAUCACCAAGCACACCAGGAUCACCAAGCACACCUGGUUCACCUAGCACACCUGGAUCACCAAGCACUCCAGGAUCACCAAGCACACCUGGAUCACCAAGCACACCUGGAUCACCAAGCACACCUGGAUCACCAAGCACUCCUCAAUCACCAAGCACACCAGGAUCACCAAGCACACCUGGAUCACCAAGCACACCAGCAUCUCCAAGCACACCUGGAUCGCCAAGCACACCAGAAUCACCUAGUACUCCUGGAUCACCAAGCACUCCUGGAUCACCAAGCACACCAGGAUCACCAAGCACACCAGAAUCACCAAGCACACCAGGAUCACCAAGCACACCUGGUUCACCUAGCACACCAGGUUCACCUAGCACACCUGGAUCACCAAGCACACCAGGAUCACCAAGCACACCAGGAUCAGCAAGUACUCCUGGAUCACCAAGCAUACCAGGAUCACCAAGCACACCAGAAUCACCAAGCACACCAGGACCACCAAGCACACCAGAAUCACCAAGCACACCAGGAUCACCCAGCACACCAGGAUCACCAAGCACACCAGGAUCACCAAGCACACCAGGUUCACCUAGCACACCUGGAUCACCAAGCACACCAGGAUCACCAAGCACACCAGGAUCACCAAGCACACCAGGAUCACCUAGCACACCUGGAUCACCAAGCACACCAGCAUCUCCAAGCACACCUGGAUCACCCAGCACACCAGGAUCACCAAGUACUCCUGGAUCACCAAGCACACCAGGAUCACCAAGCACACCAGAAUCACCAAGCACACCAGGAUCACCAAGCACACCAGAAUCACCAAGCACCCCGGGAUCACCCAGCACUCCAGGAUCACCAAGUACUCCUGGAUCACCAAGCACACCAGGAUCACCAAGCACUCCUGGAUCACCAAGCACAGCAGGAUCACCAAGC